AUGGCCGCAGCCAGCCCCCUGCGCACGGAGAGUGUCUCGCUUAGAGCCAAACAGUAGAGUGGAAGACCCGACCCGGCCGGGGGAAGAGGCCAGGGCCGGAGGCGGAGCCGAGAGCCGCCGGGAUCUGCCGGGGCCGGGCCUCGCACUUCGGUCCAGGCUCUGCCCGCCGUGCCCCCUGGUCCCUGCGGCUUUCGUGGCUCUGGCGCCGCGUCCUGGGUCUUUCUGGCGGGUCGGGACGCAUCUCGGCUGCGCUGGCCGAACCUCGGCUCGGCGCUGAGUCGUGACUGGGCCCGUCCCAGCAAGGGGAUGGCGAGCCUGGCUUUCCCGGGCGGGGCCUCUCCGGGUUUUAGUGGCACCCGGGCCAGGAGCUCCCUGGUUGUCGGACCUGGAACCUGGAAACUGGCGCUUAAGAGACAGCGUCACGGCUUCCCGAGCGGGCAGCCGAGCCCGGCGAAUGCCCUGGGCUCCCUUCACCGAGAGGCUGGCGGAGGCGCGGGGAUUUCGGUCCCCACCGCGAAGGGCCGUUCGGGGCGACGGGUGGAGGUGGCUCGGGUGUCCUCGCCUAGGAAAGGAUGCGGGUUUCUUUUCUGGGGAAGGGGGUGGGGGAGAACGCGUCCAAGCGGUCGGCCACACCAGGAUUCCGGGGAGCGCCGUGUUCGGCCCUGAAUAGGACAGGAUUGACCGAGGCGCUGGGGACCGAGCCCGCGAGUGACAAAGGCGUAGUCAGGGAGAGCUGAAUCCAAGGUUGGCCUGUCCUUGGGUUUUAAAACAAAGCGAAAUAAUUUUGUCAGUCAGGCCGCGUCCACGGAGCUGGAGGCCUAGGAAUAUACAAAAGGCCUCGUUUCUGGCGGCCCAGGAUGGCCGCGGACAAAAGCGCUGGCUUGGGCGGGUUCUCUGGGAACUGAGGUUUGGGGUUGCAAGGAGGUUCCCCCCUUCAGCCGAUUUUCCACCCAGCUAGUACAAAACACACACACACACUGCGUCAACACACUCUUUUUGGCUCCGGAUCUUGCCGAGUAAACACAAAUACGUGGGGGGAGGGAGUGGAAGAUGGCGGCGGGACCCGGGAGGACUGCGGGCUGCGCGUCGUUAUCCGCUCCGCGCAGGGCGCCCCGGCCUGGGUUUUACGUUUCUGUGCCACCAAAGCGGGGAGGGCGUUUCUUUCCCCAGACCCUGAAGCCCAGCCAGGGGUGUCGCCGAUGCCCUCUACGAAUGGCGAGGGUCUUGGACGAAGCCUGGGCUGCGCCCACCACUCGGCUUGGGAUCCGUCCCCCGCCCUAAAGAUGGCUCCCGGCCGCUGCUUGCCCAGCGACUGCGGGCACCCGGGCAGCGGGGCGCGGGCCGGGAGGGGGCAAAGAUCGGGACGCGCGUAGGUCGUCCGAGGCGGGUGGCUCCUCGGAGUAGCCGGCUCGCGCCCCCACCCGAGCUGCAGCUCGGAGAACCGGCACUGCCGGGCAGGGUCUGUCCGGGGAGCCCCGCUGCGCGGCCGGGAACCGGGAGCCGCCGCCGUCGCCACCUACGCGUUCCCAGGCCCUGCACCCGGGCGAGCUCUGGCGGGAGGGCCGCGCAGCGGCUCGCGCGGGUGCGGGUAUGUGCAGGGAGGGGAGCGCAAGGGGGCUGCAGCCCACAAAGACCCGGGGUAUGGGUGGGGGAGGGGGCCUCGCCUGCCCCGAACCUCGGCCCUAAUGAAAUGCAGGCUUGGUUCGCCCCUCCAUCCAGGCGCACACUUGGAAAAUGCAAACGCCAUUGGCAAAUCCAGGGCAAACAGGCAGAAUUUUUAUUAGCAACUAAAUGAUUUAUGGCACACAUACCCCGCCGUCAAAAUUACGGCGUCUUGAGCAUCCAGGAGUGAAAACAUUAAACAUUUAUAAA